AUCUCAAGUAUUUUUGGGGGCUUCUAACGUGCCAUACGAUUGGGGUACUACUCGGUACACUAAAUGUUUGGUAAACGUCCGCACACCGGAGCCGCAAUCUUAGUAUUCACCUUGAUGGCUCGAGCGCCCGUUGUCCAGCGAGCGCCCCCAAAAUCAUGAAUUCAAGUGACCGCUGCUCCGCGGAGGUUUCUGGUCCUUCCCAUUGACAUCCAUCCCACCUUGCCACCCGGAGGGCCGCUGGGGCUGGAAGAAAACUACGAUCCCCAGCAUGCCGCGCGCGGGGCGCACUGCGUCGUUGCCAGUGUCGCGCGCGGCUCGCCGGGAGUCGUAGUCCGCGCGUGCGCCGUUGCCCGGACUUCUCUUCCCAGAGGUCCCCGCGCGCCGUCCUCCGCGUCCUCCAGGCUGCCCGCGUUCGGCCGGAGUCCGCUCGCCGCCGUCGCCAUGCUGCCCGCCGCGGUCCUCCGCCGUCCCGGCCUGCGCUGCCUCGUCCGCCAGGCCCGCGCCUACGCCGAGGCCGCCGCGGCUCCGGCCCCGGCCGCGGCCCCGGGACAGAUGUCCUUCACUUUCGCGUCACCCACGCAGGUGUUUUUCAACGGUGCGAACGUCCGGCAGGUGGAUGUCCCCACGCAGACGGGAGCCUUUGGCAUCCUGGCGGCGCACGUGCCCACCUUGCAGGUCCUGCGGCCCGGGCUGGUGGUUGUCCACGCCGAGGACGGCACCAUCUCCAAAUACUUCGUGAGCAGUGGCUCAGUCACGGUGAACGCUGAUUCCUCAGUGCAGUUGCUGGCUGAAGAGGCUGUGACACUAGACAUGCUGGACGUGGGGGCAGCCAAGAUGAAUCUGGAGAAGGCGCAGUCGGAGCUGUCAGGGGCAGCGGAUGAGGCUUCCAGGGCUGAGAUCCAAAUCCGCAUCGAGGCCAACGAGGCCCUGGUGAAAGCUCUCGAGUAGGCGGUGCGUGGCCCUUGCCAGCAGGGAAACUGAGGCCCAUGUCCCUGGCAGGCUGGGCCAGCUCCCAUGGGUCCAGAGUGAUGGCGGGAGGCGGGAUGGGCGGAAGGUGAGAAAGCCUCUAGAGGGAUGCGCCCCGUGCAGGGCGCGGUCUUGCCGAAGCUGGCCUCCAGGGGGCAGCCCCGUUAAGCUUCCUGCCGGGAGCAGCCUCGUCAAACCCGGGAAGCUGAGGCUCCAUGGGGGGGUUGGGGCUGCUGACUGGGGCUGAGCUCAGAGACCUUGCUCUGCUUUUUUUUUUUGGGGGGGGGUUACCCCCACCGUGGGCUCACUGUCCACCUUCCAGCCUGUCGCUACCCACCUGAUGCGCCCCUGCCAUCCUUCUGGCCCCGUAGACCCUGGCGUGGAGACCCAUUCCCAGCCACUUUCAUGGGACAGCCUGUCCCCAACUCGAGCUUUCCAUUAAAAACCGGGGACCUGA